CUAACCCUAGAGAUGGAAAGGCGAAGCCAAAGCACCAAAGCUUUUCCUCCUCAGCUUUUUCUUUCUAAUUAAAAAAGAAAAAAAGGUUGAAUUGGCGCAAUCCGAAUCUCCGAGUUUCAAAAAUUCCACCGCUUCCCACACUGUUCCUUCAUUGUACACUCUACAGAACCAACAAUCUCUCCUUUUGUUUCUUUCUAUCUGAAACAAAUGGGAACUAAGCGUCGCGUGGAAUCCGACUCCAAUGCGGAACCCCUGGAUUCUACGCUCCGGAGCAAACGGGUAAUCGCCGGGCCCCCUUUUGAUCUGCAGCGAGCUCGGUCGUCCCAACAACACGUUCGUGCGCUCAAUAUGCAGUUUGCGAGCUGGGUGCAAUCACAGCUUCAAAAUCAUCCUGAUGAGCUCUGGGAAGAUGGUGUCCAAGAUUAUCUGCGUCAUGCAUCACAAAUUAUGGAAAAAUUUAGUGAUGUUGUAGAAUGGCUCAAAGCAAACUCAACAGAUGCUGAAAGCUUGCCUAAUUCAUCUCCUCCUGAUUUAGAAAAAAAGGUGACGACAGAUAUAUGGGCAGGAGCUGAUUUGCCUAAAUCAGAUAACAAGUCUUUUACCUUCCCUAGUCCGUUCUUUGGAAGCAAUGGAUCAGGCCCAGGGUUCUCAAUUUCAAUGUUAAAUACUAAAUCUGGAUCUGCUCCAUUUUCGUUUGCUUCCAGUCAGGUGCCAGGACAAGGAAGCAAAAGCUUAGCCCCUGUUGUGACAGAAACUGCUGAAGAUGUUAAUGAUGAUGAUGAAACAGAACAACCAAGCAGUCCCUCUUUGAAGAGGACCGAAGAGCAUGGUAUUGUUGUGGUACAUGAAGUCAAGUGCAAGUUGUAUGUGAAGCCAGAUGAUCCAGCGGACAAAGGAUGGAAAGACAUGGGCGUUGGCCAACUUUCAAUAAAAUGCAAAAAGGAUGCUGCUAAAGCUACCAAAGAAUCCAAACCAACGAUCGUAAUUAGAAAUGAUGUUGGUAAAGUGUUGUUAAAUGCCUUGAUAUAUCCAAGCAUCAAAAUGAACGUUCAGAAGAAUACAAUCACUACAAUAUUUCACACUCUGGCUGUUGGAGAUACUAGUGGGAGUGAGUCAGGAACUGCUGUUGCUCGUACCUACUUACUAAGAACAAAAACUGAGGAGGAGAUAAACAAGCUUGCAGAGUCCAUCAGAGAAUAUACCCCGUCAUCUUAAAUUCCAUCCUUAUCUGUACUAUUUUGUAACAUGUAAUACAUGUGCUUCGUAGAAGAAAAGUCACACCUGCAUAUCUUUACCUACAAUGGCUGCAUAUAAUGAGUUCAAUUAUUUAUGCUUUUCUUCAUACCCAAUUUUCCUACUAAUGGACUGGCAGGGGUUACGCAACUGCUGAAAAUCCACAACCCUGAAGGCCUAUUCAAUGUACACUACAAAUUGACAUGCUUAUGAAUAUAUACUGUGUUCCUUCAGUCUA